AUGGCCACUGGGAUUCCGGAGCUUCGAUCCUUCAAGCCCGCAGCUUCAAUCGGUCCGCAUACGAAGCUUUGCCAGCCUGUGGGAGACAUUGUGUGGAUACUGUACGUACCAAAGACCGUCGAAAGGUCAGAACCGUUCGCUGAUCAGGAUGAAUUUAUUGUACAGGUUACAGCCGGAAGUGAUUGCUCCGCGAGCAGUCUGUCAUGCUUCUGCAGCAAUCAAAACGUCACGGCGACCUUCAACACGUGUAUCCAGAGUGCCUGCAUGCCCCCGACGACGCUCCUCGAAGUGCAGAGAUAUCAGGCCGACACUUGCAACUAUCCCGUCCGCAGCAAACAGUCGCUUCACCGCGGAGCGCUAUGGGCGACGUUCAUACUUGCGACCAUCUUCGUGCUGUUUCGCACGCUCUCACGAAUGCCGCUUCUAGCAGGGAGUGGCUAUUCGUACGAUGACCAUGUCGUGUACUUUAGCUACGCGAUGGCCGUGGCGCUUGCCGUAGCUACGGAGAUCACAUUGAAAAAUGGCUCCGCGACGGACGAGUAUACGCUUACGCCGGAUAUGAUUGUGAGGUAUAUGAUUGUGAGUUGCUUGAUCGAAGUCUGAUUCUCGAGAUCGCGAGCUGACCGGUAUGAUCAGUGGACAUACAUCAGCGAAGUCCUCUACAACACGCUCAUCAUCACCACCAAAAUCGCAGUAAGUCUAGGCCCGUUGUCAUUUGCCUGAACAGAGGAUCUUACUCUCCUCGACUCCAGAUCAUCCUGCUCUACCUCCGCAUCUGGUCGGUCGACAAGAUUACCAAAGCUUUCCGCAUCGCAAGCUGGUCCAUCAUCGGAGUCCUCGUGGCCACCUGCAUCGCCUUUGACUUUGGAUUGAUCUUCCAAUGUGUGCCCGUCUCGUCUACUUGGGAAUACAUCUACGGAGCCAUGGGCAAGUGUGUUAAUCUGCCAGCCUUGACGUACACGUUUGGUGCGCUGAGCGUGGUGUAUGAUGUGAUCAUAUUCUUCCUGCCGGUGUGUAUUUCAAUGGUACCUCUUUGGUUGGUGAGAACAAGGUUGCUGAUGAGAGGUGUACAGAUCCAUAGUCUGCUGAAGCUGAACAUCACCUGGCAGCGAAAGCUGGGUGUUUGUACUGUGUUCCUGGUUGGUUUUAUUGGUAAGUUCUGUUACAAUGCCCCUGAUGAUUCCUUGAUACUGACCCGUGUGAUUCCCAGUCACCAUCUGCACUAUUGUGCGACUGCAGUAUCUAGUCCGCUUUAGCUCACGGCAGAAUCUCACCUGUAAGCAUUGCUACGACUAUCUCUCGCGUUCAGAACUUCUGCUUACCUCUCCACUUCUUCCUCACAGGGAACUACCAGCCCGUAUCAAUGUAAGAGGUCCUUUUGCAACAUUGCACCGCCAGCACUCGCUAACCUCCCUUUCUGUGAUCAGGUGGAGCAUCAUUGAGGCAAAUCUAAGCAUUGUCGCAACCUGCAUGCCCGCCACCGCAGGCCUUUUCCAGCGUUGCUACAGAUACUGCACAGGACAGCAACUCUCCAUUUCGACCGGUCACGUUGCCCGUCAGCGGGAUCUCAGCGACGACGGCACCACCACCACGGCAGUCGAUGCCGGUGACGACGGAAGCUACGGAAACGAAAAGUCCCGCAUCGAUUCUGGACAAGACUCUUGUGGCAAGGGCACCGAGUCGGAACAGAGUCAUACCGAUCUCGCCAACGUGGAAGAAGCCCUGGCACGCGGAGAAGUCGACGGACGCGUCCGAGCCGAGCGCGAAGAGCCUUUCAAGACCACCGAGGUGGGCGGGACGAACUCCCCACAAGCCACGAGCGAAGUUAUCGACGAACAUCUGGCCGAUCACCCGGGCUCGACGGGCUUGGUCUACCAGCCUGGCCGGAACAAGGUCGAGAUUCACCAUAACCCCCCUAGCAAGCCGGCGGAAUCCGAGCUGCAGUACCGGGAUCAGGAAGACGUGGUGCAUAACGUCAGGGUAAUUGAUGUCCCGCAGACCCGCAUGCCUGGCCCACCGAUUCCUGAUCGCCAUCGCGACAGGAGCGAUCCCGGACGGGCAGUGAGUGCUCUCCAGGAGGUAGAGCUGGUCGAAUCGCCGAGAAUGUCCUCGCCCUAUCGAUAUUCGCAGGGUUGGGAUCAGCAGAGCUCUCGAGACGUGUAAACAGUUUUGUACAAGUAGUCGUAUUUGUAUAGUAUGCGUGCUGUACUAAAAUCGUAAUAUAUUCGAACCCGGUAAAUCUUUCUUCCGCCCGAGCUUUUUCCAGACAUGUCGUCACGGGUUGUCAUCGCAUGUAGAUGGCCACACUUGCACUGCAACUACCUACUACCUACAUGUAUCGAACGAACAAUCUUCUUUCCAAAACCUCGUCCAAACCAGUCCAGACUCACCAGAACCAGAACCUCUUUCUUUUCUCCCUCCAAGCACAUCCAACUCUUCUCAAUCUCGACCUCAACCCCGUCCUCGUGCCAAAGAUGCGAACGACAAUGCCACUACCCCGAAGAAGCUUCCCAGCACUCGCCGCCCACGGCCAACUCUCCCGCCGCGCCUUCACCACCUUCCCCCGCCAAUCCUUCGCGACGAAAUACGACCAGGACAAAGACAGCAUCAACCCGGAAUCGAACGAAUACAGCAAAUCCGGCGGCGACGGCGCGGCCGCGCAAGCGACGGAAAAAGCGGCAUUUGAUCCCAAACAGACGAGUCCCGAGGAGGAGGAACAGAUGGCGUCGCGGGAAGCUGGUGGGGUAAGUCAGUCAAUUGAGUGACAAAGAAAGAAAUGAAAUGAAAAAGACAGCAAGAUACAUCUGUUUUGUGUUUGUGUGAGGAUGCAAAUGUGUUGACUUUUUGUGUGUUGGUAUAGGAAUCGAAUAAUCCGCUCAAUGUGAGUCCGGCGAAUACGGCUAUUAGCCAGCCGAGAGGGCAACAGGAGGGAGGGGCGCAGGGGUCGGAGGGAGAGACGGGAGGGAGGAGUGGGAGGGCGAGGACGAGUGGGGGUGGCAGUCCGGCGAAGAGCGGUGGUGGGAAGUCGGGAGGGGGAUCUGUUUAG